UUUUUGCUGACGUGGCUUAAUGGGCCUAACUGCAGAGACCUCCAGAUAUUUUUGCUGCCUCUGUAGCUUCAGAUAUUUCUUACCGUUGGAUCAGAGUCGGUUUGAAGUUAACUCGGGUGCUGAGCCGUCGGAUUAAUCCGGAAUGGCCUUUUUAGAUAUUUUUAUUUUGAUGAGGUAGACCGGUUUAGGUUUGAGCGGAGGAUGGCUGAGUGAAAGAUUUUUUUGCUUUUUUCUCCAGCUUUGCUUUUCAGGGAAACAAAAAGCAAGUUAAGCACACAAAAAAAAUUAACAAAUUUUAUUAUUGAUUGUUCUUGGGUUUAGUGGUGCAGAGAGAGUCAGCUGAGCGAGAUGGGUGAGGUGGUGGUGAGCAGUGAGGAGGUGGAGGUGAAGUUUGGCAGCAAGAGAGAGGAGAAGGCGGUGGAGAACGGCGGCGGAGAACGGAAGAGCAAGAAGGACGGAUUGGUGAAGUGGGAGAAAUUCUUGCCCAGGAUGGUACUGAGGGUAUUGCUCGUUGAAGCUGAUGAUUCCACCAGACAAAUAAUUGCUGCUCUGCUUAGAAAAUGCAGUUACAGAGUUGCUGCUGUGCCUGAUGGCUUGAAGGCAUGGGAGAUGCUGAAGGGAAGACCUCAUAAUGUAGAUCUUAUACUGACAGAAGUUGAUUUGCCAUCAAUAUCCGGAUACGCCCUUCUUUCGCUAAUUAUGGAGCACGAGAUUUGCAAAAGCAUUCCUGUUAUAAUGAUGUCCUCACAGGAUUCAGUUAGUACAGUAUAUAAAUGCAUGUUGAGAGGUGCCGCUGAUUAUCUUGUUAAGCCUAUAAGGAGAAAUGAGCUGAGAAAUUUAUGGCAGCAUGUUUGGAGAAGACAAGCUUCAAUAGUUGGUGGAAGUGGCCCCCAAGAUGAGAGCGUUGGACAGGAAAAGCUAGAAGCUACUUCUGAAAAUAAUGCUGCAAGUAAUCAGUCAAGUGGGUUCUUGGCUUGUAUUCAGAGAAACAAGGAGCAAAUUGAGAAAGGGAGUGAUGCUCAGAGUUCUUGUACGAAACCAGAUGCGGAAGCUGAGGGUGAGAACACAGACAAUAUGCAGGAAUUUUCACGGCUGAAUUGGAGUAAAUCUUUACCAAACGAUACAGAAAUGCAGCAGCAGAAAGAUUAUCCUGAUUUCUGCACAACACUGCCUGUAAAUGAGAAUGAGGCUGGAGUAGGGUCGUUGGCUGGUGCCUGCGAGGAAGUGAUUAAAGCAUCUGCAAAUGAAGAUGUUGGGCCAGAAAGUCAAGGGAGGGAUGCUAACAGCAAACAUGAGGCUUGUAAUGGCUUCGCCAGCUCCUCAAAAGAAGCCAUUGACUUCAUGGGGCAAUUUAGUACUCACAAAUCUUCUUCAAAUAAUGGCAUGAACAAGUUUGAGUUGCCACACCUUUUGGAUCUCUCCUUGAGAUGAUAUCAUCCAAGUGGCUCUGAGGAUCAAAUCUCCGGGGAAAAGCCUAUCCUUUGGCAUUCCAAUGCCUCGGCUUUCACAAGGUAUGCUAGCAGAGUCAAACAGCCCGAGUCUUCUACUUCGCCAAGUGUUUCUAAUCAAAGGAAAGAAUCGGGAAAUAUUUAUGAGAAGAAUUUAUCUGAUCUUGUUGGUGGGUUUAAUUGCAAUGCUCCUGGUCCACCAAGUACCCGAACCUCUCUGACUAUUUGGCAAUCUGAUUGUCAAUCUAAACAAUCUGAACAUGCCACAACUUCAUGGCCUCAACAGAGAGUUUUUCCUGUCCCCAUUCCUGUAAAAAGCAUCAAAGUUAAUAGUCCAAACACAGGCUAUGGUUCUGGGAUUCCUCCAAUAUUUGGAAGACAAUCAACUCCGUCACCAACACUGAGCCCUAGUUCAGCCAGCCAGCCAGAACUCACCUCUCGAGCAAAUACAUUUUGUUGGCCUGGUUUUGGAAACAGUAAAUGUGAACAGAUGUAUUUGUAUGAUGGAAUGGGUCAAAAUGUAAAUUCAGCCAACCAAUUUAUGUACAACAAAUUGGAAUCUUUGGAGGAUCGAGGACAUAUUUCUCCCGCCACGGUUCAGAGUGGAACUAGCAGUUUCUGCAACGGUGCCAUAAGCCAUCUUAACGGCUAUGCCAGUGCAUGUGGAAGUAAUGUCAAUGUUGAUCAGGUUUCCCUUAUCAGAGAAGGUCCAGAGAGCAAGAACGAAGACAGUUAUUUCUCUCCCACGAGAAACUCACAACGCUCCCUCCAAAGGGAAGCAGCUCUUACCAAGUUUCGUCUAAAGCGAAAAGAUAGAUGCUUUGAGAAAAAGGUUCGGUACGAAAGUAGGAAAAAGCUUGCUGAGCAGCGACCUAGAGUAAAAGGACAAUUUGUUCGACAAGUGCACCCGGAACAUGCACCUUCAACAGCAGAAAAUCACUAUGGCAAUUCAUCUAGUGGCUAGCUACUCCAUUUUACGAAAAUAGAAUGAAAAGAACCUACAGAACAAUGAGUUGGAUCACUCCAGCCUCGUUUUCUCCAGAUUCAGAAGCAAUGAAGCAGAGUUGGAUCAAAGUUGGUAAAUGCUUUUCUCUAACACAACCUACAAACCCGACUUGUUUCUCGAUAUUCAUAAGGGAAUUACCAUUUAGGUAUUGUAAAAUAUCGCUAUAACAUGCUAGUUAUGCUAUAUGUAUUUUUACAUGACUCGAUUGCCUGAUUAUUCUUUUUGCUUGUUAACAUGUAAAUUUGUUUAUUCUAAUAUUGAGCAACAUAAAAACCGGGUAUAUAGCCAGCCAAA